ACACGCAGCGGGGCGGUGCAGAUGUGUUUAUCUCUCAUGUUGAACCCACGCAGAACACAGCGCAGUGAGAUCAGACUUGACGAAGCUCACACAGUGUCUUUGAGCUGGGUAACAGCCUGCUCCAUGGAGGAAAGUGAGUGAGAGACCUGAGGGGUGCUGAUGGAGCCAAACUCAGCUGUGGUGUGGACCCUCCUGCUGGGGACUGGACUUUCUCUGGUAACAAGUUCGGAGGUUUCACCCCAACCUCCUCAGCUGAUUGGCUGUGUGUUCAUGGCACGAAGCAACGUCACCUGCCACUGGGAGCCUGGAGACACACCGGCGACACACUACACCCUGCAGGUUCAGAGAAAGCCUAGCUCCGUCUGCAGCACCGGCUCUCUGGAGGCAGGUCAGACGUGCCGACAGGUUUGGAUGGCGGCUGGUUUCUCUGCUUUGGAAGCCCCUACCUCACUUCCUGGCUAACGGCAGAGUUGUCCACUACGACGUCACCUGUCAAACAGAAAAGGCUUUGGUUCUUAGCAAUCGUGGGAGCUGCCAAGAUUUGCUCGAUGUAAACACUUCCUGCAGCUUGUACCUGCCCUCUGAACGCUGUUCCUGCGCUCUGACGGCCUCCACCUCUGCAGGGCCCUCGCCACCAGCUCGGAUCUGGAUCCCUGUUUCCUCUGAGCCAGAGCUACCAGCCCCGAGUCACAUCGCUGCCUCUCCCCUGGACGACUUCAGCGUAGAGGUUCAGUGGACGUGGCCCCAGAAUCGAUCGGGUUUGACCGGGUUUGCUGUGGAGUGGUUUGCUGUCAGGGAGGAGCACAGCAGCGUCCUUCACUGGGAGAAGCUGAAUAGUUCCUGCACAAAGCUGCUCAUCUCCGAGGGACUGAAGCCGAUGGAGCGUUACACUGUUUCUGUCAGAGCUCUGUACGGUGAACAAGGAGCAGGAGAACAGCGAACACUCCACAUUUAUACACGGCAGGGAGUGCCCUCUGCUGGUCCUUAUGUGAAGGUGCAGCAAAUCUCUGGCAGCUCAGUGGAGCUUGUUUGGAGUCCUCUGCCUGUGGAGCUGCUUAAUGGUUUAAUCUGCAGCUACACCCUCUAUUACAGCUCCAAAAACCAACCAGCAACAAGCAUCAUCAUUCCUGGUUCUAUUCACCGCCACACUCUGGAGAACAUGCCACCAGGCAUAUAUGACAUCUUCAUGCGGGCCAGCACUGUUGCUGGGACCGGUCCAGUUGGGAGCCUGGCUAAUGUGAACAUUGGCUCUGAGGACGUCUCCAUUGUGUUAUACGUUGUUGUUCCACUCAUCUUCACUCCACUGGUGAUGAUGCUGCUGGCCUGCCUGACCCAGAGCAAAAUUGUGAAGCAGAAAUGGGGUCAGGGCGUACCUGACCCAUCCAACAGCACCUUGUCCCGCUGGACUCCUGACACCAGCUUAGAGACGAAGCAGCAGUUGGUGGUAGAGGAGAAGUCUGACGUCAAAUACUCUGAAGUCUUUUUGCUUGAUAAGCUGCAGGAUGUGGAGCAGCACGCCUACCCGCUUGUCUGUAAUGUUCAGAGUGAUUUGUCCUCCCUGUUUUCUUCACCUCAUGUCAAAAUAGGAAACGCUUUUACCAAAAACCUACCUGAAGCCAUACAAUCCUCCAUCGAUGACCUGGACGCCACAUCCUGCAUCUACUCCAACGUCUUGCACUGGGUACCUGACAACAAUCUACCUUCCCCUCUGCUGCCUCUCUCUGAUCUGUACGUCAUGAGUCAAACCAGACCCGUCUGCAUUCAUGAUAUCCAGCUGCCAGCAGAGGGCGCCAGUGAGUCAUCUGGUUACCAACAUUCAGAACAUCAGGAAAACUGCAGCUUUCUGAAACGGCUUCCAAUCCAGAUAUCUUUGUCUGAUUCCAGCAGAGCUUCUCAUCAGACAGAAGAUGACAAGCCGAAUGCCGCUCUGUUUCUAAAUGAAGAUGAUCCUUUAAACAGUUUUUGGAAAUUAUUUCCACCGGUUCCUCAACUUGGUUUAGUGGAUUUAUUCCCCAGCCCUGUGCAGUGUGGUCCUUACAUCCCCUCUCAUACUUAGUCUCAGGCUCAUUGGAGUUAAAAAAAAACGUGUACAUGUUGUUCAGACAGGGGUUAAAUUACGGAAAACAUUUUCAAGAAAAUAAGAUGUACAAAUCAUCUCAGAAACUGUAAAAAAGGUUUUAACUUG